CCCAGACAACAAACAUGCCAGUAGAUCUUGGGGCUUCCCUGGCGGAACAUAAGGGCCUAGUGGUGUGGGAGUGAUUUUUAAGACAAUCGACGUGAAGUAGAAGGAAUGAACCAUAUGUAGGCAGAAGGAAUGAACUAGCACUUAACAUAAGGUAUCGAUAUUUUUCUCUUAAGGAUGGGUUUUUCUGGCAAGAGCAAAAACCGAAAUUGGUUCCGGUGUAGCCAUACCCCUGAGAAUGGUCCACCCACUGUUCCCUUGAUAACCGUGGGUAUAAUUGGGCUUACCUGCUACAUAACAGCAAUGUUCUUUAGUCUUAAGAAUGGCUUCAGAAUUGCAGAUGUGGGAGAUCAUUUGGCUGCAUAUGGAACUGUGGUGCUGUUGCUUGUUGAUUUCGCCUACAUUUUCUACACCUUGAAAAUUAUAUUCUGCAUUAAGAGUAACACUUUCCCCACAUGGCCGGAAGUCAGAGACCUUCGUGACACGAUCAUGCGCCUGUCCUCUAGCUUCAUCGUUGGAGUGAGUCUCAUUUUGGUAGCAUAUGAUUGGUUCACGGAAUUCGGCCACAUAAAAGAAACUGGUGUUUCGAUACUUGAAAUGACUGAGGGCGCUUUAAGAAAUCUUACAGACUUGGUUACAAGCAACAGUACUCUGGAUGAAAACUCUGACAAGUUUCGACUAGACCAAUUCAGGCCCGCUGACGGUAUAACCAUCCCAGUAUCUUCGUCUAACGCAACUAUAGAGGGUGAAGCAUUGUCCAACAAAACACUAAAUGAAUAUAUGAAUAGCAAGGAGGAUCAUAGAUCUUAUACGAGGGAUAACCCUCCCUUUGUCAGUUUGUUCUUCUCGAGCUUCUCGUUUUGCAUAGCUGGAGCUACGAUCAUCAUUGCUGCAAUUUUUGAGAAAAGGAGUGCUGACGCAUUAGAGAUGGUGAAGUUAUGCCUUUCUGAUUACCCAUUUUCUGAGGAAACCGAACUAUUGCUCCCUGCGAGCUCCAGACGCUGGGUACCUUCUCGUGGAGUUAGAGUUAAAGAUAAUUCCACUGCCACUUGUGGACACGGGCCACGCUCUCGUCAUUACUUUGAGACAACUGAGGCUGCAGGAGUAAUGUCUGAAGAUGAAUCAAACAUGGCUUCAACUUCAUCCCCCAGGCUAUGCUACCAAGAACAAGCACAAUUUUCACCAUAUGACAGUGAAGGAAAUUCUGCAGUUGCCAGGAGAGUGCGUUUUUGUGAACAAUCAGGACCCACGAAUCUCUACCCUUAUUACGGUUCUGGAACUAGACAUUACUGGUGUUCAGUUUGUAACUCUACAUUAGCCCCUUCUUCUCCAAAAUUAGAGAAUAGUGCCACAAAAGUAACUCGAAAAAGCUCGGGCAUUGAUCUAGAGGAAAAUGGAAUAGGAAUCGGCCAGGCUAUAUCAAAUGCAAAGGCCAGCAGGGAGAGUUUUCCUGUUGAUGUCGUCGUUCACGCUGAAGGGUCGCGGCCACCAGUCUGUCAAAAACCAGCAGCGGAACUUUGUUUGGAACCUGCUGCUACAGGCACAGCAAAGAUGGUAAGACCACAAGGAACACUGCCACGGAAUGACUUGGUAUUUCAGGCAUCGCACCAACAUAGAGCAACUGAGCUUUUCCAGUCGGCAGACCCUGUACAUAAAGGAGAUUUUAUUGAAAUGACUGAAAUCUAAAUUUGAAACUUUUAAAAGGCAGUUAACGUCCGAAGUAAAACUAGAGUUCCAAAAGGAAGAUUGUAUUUUUAGCUUGACGGAAUAGCUUGUUGCAGCAGAGGUCUUUUAACCUAGUAUAAACUUUUGAAAGUGUGUUUUUGCUAAACAGAACGUAAGUUUGAUAUUGACACUACCUGUAUCGGUAGAACAUUUGGGUUUAAUUUGUAAGUUUAGUCUUAUUAUAUGAGCAGCUGCUGAUGAAAGUUUUAAUAUGAUGCUAACAAAGAAAUUUCUUUUUAUUCA